AAGGAUUCAAAGCUUCUUUGCCCUGUUUUACGGGUGUGUACUUCGGACGGCAAUUGGUAGACAUCCAACCGCAGGUAGGGUUGCUGCUAUAAGAAUACUAUCGAGUCUCCAUAGCCCCAUGAUCCCGGUCAUGUCGCCUUGCCAUUGGGAAUAUCCGAGACAAGUACCAAGAUGUCCGCCAAAAGCUUUCCAGAGAUAAUUCUUGUUCCUGGGGCGUUUGGAACACCUGCCUGUUUCGACAAGCUGCUCCCGUUCCUGAAAGAAGCCGGUUUCACAACUCACCCGGGGCCAUAUCCCAGCUACAACCACGCCAACCCUGCUGCAGCCACCUGCGUAGACGAUAUUACGCACCUCAGAAACAAUGUCAUCCUCCCCCUGGUAGAGGAUCAACAGAAAGACGUCGUCGUUAUUGCCCAUUCGUAUGGCUGUGUCCCGUCCAGCGCUGCCGCUAAGGACCUCGACAAACAGACCCGGGAAGCGCAAGGUAAAAGAGGCAGCGUCGUGGGAUUGAUAUUGAUAGCGGGUGUCAUCACCCUGGAUGGCGAGACUGCCGUUGAGGCAAUGGGUGGAAUGCCACCAUAUGUACGAAUGGACGGGGACACAGCGUUUGUAAAGGAAGCAAUGGACUACCUAUACCACGACUGCGAUCCUGACAUGGCUUUCGAGCUGGACAAGCACCUAGGCGGCCACGCAGCUGCGGCUCUCGCUACCAAGCCCACAGCGCCCGCCUGGGCGGACAGUGGCUUCGACGGCAGGAGGGUAUAUAUCCGGACAUUGAACGACCGCUGCAAGCAUCUAGCGGACCAGAACCAGUGGCUUAAGAAGACGGAUGUCGAAUGGAAGGUGAUAGACUUCGAAACUGGCCACUACCCAUUCCACAGUCAACCCAAAGCUGUGACAGCACAUGUGGUGGAGGUCAUCAACGGCUUUGCCUCACUGUAGAUGAGAGAGCAAGCAGACAUAUCUUGUGGUGUGGGCGGGGUCUUUCUCUAUAAGAGACUACUACACCUGUCUGCGUGGUUAGGCGUUAUGUAUGUAUAAAGCAGAAGGCUGGGUUCUGCGGGAUGGGUAACACACGGAGGGUAGAAAGUUUCGAUGUAUUAAUUAAUUUUGCAUUUGACGUUCAACCGUCUGCUAGUCCGAUCGACACCCGGAUGUUUUU